AGCAACCGAGGCAAGCCAAACACAGAGGAGGCUGCAGGAUCCCGGCUGACAGCGCAGGCCUUUCCAUGGGGAGAGCCUCUGUGGUAUCAUAGCAGUCUGCACUCCACCUUCACUAUACAGACCUAAAGAAACUAAGGUUCAGUUGUGACUCCAUGGAGAACCGUGAUUCAGUGAGAAAUGGCUUCACAGAUAUUUCGAAAGACAGUUGUUUCCAUGCUGUUGAGACAGAGGCUGGAUAUAAAAAGAUAUUUACAGAUAAAAUGCAAGAAAGAGGAUUAAAAGUGCAACAGAAAAUACUGAACACCAUAAAGAUACAAAGAGAGCAGAGGGAGAAAGUGGAGAAGGAAGCACCGGCUGAUGUACUGGCGAGGGAGUGGUUCAGCCCGGACAAGUCUUCUGUAGACACAAGAACUUAUCUUCUUGACCAUUUGAUGCCUUCAGUUGUGCACGGUGUUGAGUCCCUUCUCAUGGAGCUGGAAAAGAAAAAGGUUCUCGAAGAUGAUUCUGUUAAGUUUGACCCAGUUACCUAUCUUGGAGAGUUCCUUAUGAGACAAAAUCCUGACUUAUUUUCUGGCAAAGAGAAAUCGGCCUACGUUCGUGGCUUGGAGCAAGUAGUUGCUGAUCUGAAAAACAAUGUUUUUGAUUUAGAAUUCAACAGGCUUGGUCAACUAAAAGAGGAACUGAAGGAGUACCAAGAUAAUAGAUCACAAGUGCAAAGCAUCCAGAGCCAGGUGAUGGAGAAAAGGAAAGAAGCCUUGUCCUUGCAGUUUCAAGAAUGGACCCUGGAUGUUAGCGGCAGGAUUCCACUUGCGCUGGUACAGAGUGCUUUAAAAUCCUUUAUUGAGCUCAUCUCUCAAUAUGCAUUGGAUAACAAACCAGCAUACAGUAAAGACCUGGUGACUGCAGACACAAUGGAGCAGAAGUUAAAUGAGGAAGAAUUUGUAGAGUAUGUACAUCCAUUUAUCGGUCACCUCAGCACAGAUUUAUUCCAGGAAUUCUUGCACCACAUGGCACAGUGCGCUGACAUGUUCCGUGAGACCAUUCGCCAUGAUAUUUGGAGACAGAAGUUUUCUCAUCUCUUUCUGGCAUGUGAUUCAGGAAAGGUUGGCUUCCUAGACAGGCAGAGAGUCCUUUCUCUCUUGGAAAAAUUCUAUGACAUUAUGAGUUCAAAGACAGAGACUUGGCAGCCACGCAACCCUCGACAAUGGCCAGUAAUUGAAUUGGGGGAGAUGGAUCCAGCUGAUUUUUGGGCUGAGUUCCAGGAAGGAGAUAAUCAACCUGAAGAGAAAGGAGAAAACCUUGCUACUACAGCUUCAACUAUAGUCAGUAGUUCUGGAGAGGAAGAACAGAAGGAAGCACAGUCAGAGGACACUGGAAAAGGUGCAGCACAUAGAGAAGAGGAGACAAGAGGCCGUCAGGCUGAAGACACCAGAAGCAGAGAUGCGCACUUUAUUGAGGGCAAACCCUGGUCAGGUGACUUGCUGACUUCAGAUCUGGCUAUCAGGUACAGUUCAUAUGGAGAAAGAAGUGAAGAAGAAUGGCGGGAGGCUGCUUCUAAGUUCACAGACUUACGAACCAUCAUCUCAGAUAUUAAUACCCGUGGUCCAUCACAUAUCCCAAGUGCUUUCAAUGACAGUGCCCUCAACCUGCCUCAGUUUGUUCAGCUGAUGGAGACAUUUGUGGGAGAAGAUGCUCCACUGGCAGUUGUGGAGGAGCUCACAUCUUUGAUACAGAGGGAAUAUGUGGAGACAGAAGAGGAAAAAAUGGCAUUAUUGGCUAAAGUGCGGCGUGAUGCUCUUCUUGCACGACAGAGGCUAGUUCUACAGGCCCUGUUUGAGAAAUGGGACAACGAUGGUUCAGGAUUCCUAGAGCUGGAAGAGAUAGAAGGAGUCUUAGCCAAAUAUAAAGAAGGGAUGGAAUCUGAGGCGGUGACUAGAGGAAAGGAAAAUCUAAGCUCAUCACAGUCUCAGCGUGGAUCAAGAAAAUUGUCAGUGACUGAGUUCAUCAGGUACAUCCUGGGUUUGAUCCGUCAGCUUCCAGGUCCAGAAGAAGAAGUAUAUGAAAAUAUGGUCGAGUUUCUAACCACCAGUGUUGAGCGGACUCAGGCAGAGAAACUACGAGGAGCUUCUCGCAGGAAGUGGCUGCAGCACAUUCAGACGGUGGCUGAAACCAGCGGUGGAAGAAUUAAGCCAGUGUACAAAGCUGUAUUUGAGGCCCUGUAUAAGGACGCAGAGGCUCAUGGGAACAACAAGAAGAUUAGUGCCAAUAUUGCCCUUCUAGAGCAAAGCUCCGUGAGAGAAAGAUGGAAUGAAGUUCUACGUUACGUUGCAUGUACUUCUGAAGAUGCCAUAUAUGUACUAAACAAGACACUGACCAGAGAUAUGAAGGGUGUGAGUUUUGCAGCAGUGGACAGUGGUAUACCACAACACGUGCCUCGUGUUCAAUAUCACGGUAAUAUUCACUUCUGGAAUACAGAGCGGCCUCUAGAAGAGAGAAAGGGUUCACUCAUUGUGCUGCCCCUCAUGGACGUGCAGCAGAGAGUAUUCGGUACCCUGAGCAUUGACACCCUGAGAGAACUGAGAGACAGGAACAUAUUUCUCGCACACGAAAUCAGUUUUUAUCAGGGGGUGACAAAUGCUUUCAGUACUGCAUACCACCACGUCCAGAGGCAAAGAAAUCUCGUACAGCUGGUGAGCAGUGCACUCGCUUGGAUCUACAGCCGUGCUCCCAAUAUUCGGGCCAUCAACACCUACCUAAUGGAACCGUGUGCAGAAAAGGCACAAGGAUAUGUAUUUCGAAACAUGAUGCACACAGACAACAACACAGGAGUGUCUGAAAUCUACAGUUCUCCAGCCACUCUGCGUAGAAGGGACAACCUGUUCAGGGACUAUCUAUUUAAAUGUGCAGAUAGCUCAGAGGUUAUCACAACAGAUGCCUAUGGAGAACGCCACAUUGCUGUACCCAUCCGUGAUCCAUCAGGAAGAGCUCUGGGAGUACUGGAUCUAAACACAGGUCACUGCAGGGAUUUACCAGCCCACGAAUACCAGGACUUACAGAAAAUGCUGCAGAUGCUACAGGGAGCUUGUUAUGAAAUUUUGGAGGAAGAACCAUCUUCAGAUAUCCAAAACAAGGCAGUCUUAGAGGCAGAACGAGGGCCAGGAGACAGGAGAGUGGGAGUACUGUUCCAUCGCUUCAUGCUGCAAGACCUGAGACAGUGCGUCAGUAAGCUGGACCACCAGUCAUUUGCUGAACUGAAGAGCUACAAGGAGCCUCCAGUCAUGGUGCAUAGUAUCCUCAAGGCUGUGUUACUCCUGUUCUGUCCAGCCUGGGAUGAGUCCGAGGAGAUUCACAGCUGGAAUCAGUGCAAACUGAAGGUAAAUAGUGAUUUGAUACGGAAGAUAUUGUCUUUUGACCCCACUGCCCAGUCUGUACAGCUGAACCCAGAGAUCCUGGCAAAGUAUAUUAAAGGUAUUCCCAGAGGAGCGGUCUGGAAACAUGGCUCUAUCCCAGCAGAGCAUCUUUACAACUGGGCUUUCACCUGCCUCUCACUGAUGGAACUCAGUCAGAAAAUGCAGAACACGCAAUCGCCGUCCCUGGUCUCUUUAGCAGCACCAAACCAAAUGUGAAUUAAAAAGCAACCGAAUAUAACUGGUUGAAUUGUGAUUUUUUUUUAAUGAAGACCCAGGUAUUUUUAACCUACACAAAUAAAAAAACUGGUAGACAUAGAUACAUCGGUGUGGUGUCCAUGAAGUGUGCCUGUGAUCUUUACAGACUUCAAUAGUUGGGGCCAGGGUAGUGCGACUCCCAACACCUAAAAUGAUGGGGCAGAAGCAAGAAGCUGAGUGCUAUGCUUCCUCAUUUCUGUCACUGCUACUGGCACUCUUGGGUCACUGUGGAUGGCACUCUUAGGCCUCUUU